AUGAUGCUCUUGGAUGAGGUCGAUGUUGUUGUAGUUGUUGUUGUUGAGGUGGAGCUUGUUGAGGUGGUGGAGGUGGAGCUUGUAGAUGUGGUCAUAGUGGAGGUGUUGACAACUGAGUCCAACUCCUCUGAUGAGGAGGAAUCAAUUGAGGAUGUUGUAGAUGAUGUGGAGGAGGGUGAGGAGGAAGCGGAGGGUAUGUUGGUGAUGAUAUCAAUCAUUAUUGAAGAGAUCGAGUCCACAUCCAGAGGCUCACAGGCAGGUUCAGUGGCAAGCUCAGUGGCAGGCUCAGUAGCAGGGGUAGUUGAAGGUUCAGUGGCGAGCUCAUGGGCAGGAGCAGGGGCAGAAUCAGGGUCGCUGUAA